AUGGCGGCGCCUGGGGCUCCAGAACGCCGCCGCGUGGAACAAUGCGUCGCCAUGGCGACGGGCGCGGCCUACUCGCAGCCCCGGAGCCUGGCCCUGGCCAAAGGGGCCAGAGCCAAUGGCUGCCCCGGGACCAACCCUGCUCAGCCCCAGCCCAGGCAUGAGAAACAUUGGAACUAUUGACGUUUAUUUGAACAAGUUAGGAUCCAACCUCCAGACCAUGGUGUACAGUGAUGAGGAGCAGGAGAACGAAGCUUGGAGGAGGUACGUGGAAAGAAAGAAUGUCGUGCUGGAAUUCCUGAACUCCGACUUAAGCCUCCACCUGCUCAAACGUCACCACAAGCGGAUUGAGCUUCUCAAAAAAUGCUCCUAUUACAUCGAAAUCCUGCCAAAGCACUUGGCACUGGGGGAUCAAAACCAUCUGAUGCUGCCCACCACCAUGUUCCAACUGAUAGACCCCUGGAGGUUCCAGAGGAUGAAGAAAGUAGGGACCAUCCAAACCAAAAUCCAGCUGCUGCUCCUGUCUGACCUGUUGGAAGAGCUGGAGAAGGGUCGGGAGGAGCUGGUCCACUUCCUGGAGACCUAUGACAUGAUGACUUUCCUCUCCAGGUGGGACACUAUUAGACAAAGGGUGGCGAGUCUCUCUGAGCAGAUGGAUUAUUUCCUUGCUGUGUUGGUACCUGGAAGGUUAUACGUCAAGCACCGUCUGAUAUCAGAUGUUGGGAUUACCAAAAUCCCACACAUCAGACUCGUCCUUAGCACAAAAAUGCCAGUGAUGUUUGAUCGACGGGAGUCAGUGGCCCAUGAAGACUGGGUGAGUCUCAAAUGGUUUGUUACUAGCCAGCAGCCACAAUUCGAACAGUACGAGCUCCGCUUUAAGCUGCUGGAGCCCAGAACGCCCCAAGAGCGAGUCCACUGUGGAAUCAUGCCCGUCACUUCAAACACAUGUGAAAUCCACAACCUCCUGCCUGACCGUUUGUAUAGGUUCAGCGUCAAAAGAGCAGAGACUUACACACUUGUUUAUGAACAAUGGCAUGAUUCUGUACUACUUAAGACCAAACCGUACCUUGAAGAAGAAAUGGAGUGCCAUGUCUGAACCCUGACUUUCCCAUCUUAGCAAUACACAAGGAAUGUAAAAUAAGUCAAAUUAAAAACUUAUUUUUAAUGUUUUUGGCAUCAC